AGCCGGAAGCGGCGCGGAGGCCAAGGCGCCUCUUCUCCGCCGUCGGGAGCGCCCUCGCCGAGCCCAGCGCCGGGCCAUGGGGGCUGCGCGCCGCCCGCGGCCCGCGCCUGCGGGGCCGCUUCUCCUGCUCUGGCUGCUGAGCCGCCUGAGCCCGGGGAGCGCCUCCCCGCGGCUCCUGGAACACCCGGCGCACGUCUGCUCGCAGCAGGGGCUGAACUGCACAGUGGAGAAUAGCACCUGCCUGCAUGACAGCUGGAUCCACCCUCGGAACCUCACCCCCUCAUCCCCAAAAGACGUCCGGGUCCAGCUACACUUUGCCCAGACCCAGCCUGGAGACCUGUUCCCUGUCAUCCAUAUCGAAUGGACACUGCAAACGGAUGCCAGCAUCCUGUACCUGGAGGGGGCAGAGAUAUCUGUCCUGCAGCUUAACACCAAUGAGCGCUUGUGUGUGGAGUUCAAGUUUCUGUCCAAACUGAAGCAUCAUCACAAGCGGUGGCGUUUUACCUUCAGCUACUUUGUGGUGGAGCCUGGCCAGGAGUAUGAGGUGACAGUUCACCACCUGCCCAAGCCCGUCCCCGACGGAGACCCUAACCACCAGUCCAGGAACUUCCUUGCACCUGACUGUGAGGACCCCAGGAUGAAGGUGGCCACGCCCUGUGUGAACUCAGGCAGCCUGUGGGAUCCCAGCAUCACCGUGGAGAGCCUAGAGGCCCACCAACUGUGGGUGAGCUUCGCCCUGUGGAACACGUCCACCCGGUACCAGAUCCUGCUGCACAGCUUCCCCGACACACGGAACCAGAGCUGCUUCAGGGACGUGCUGGACAUGCCCGCGCCCACACAGGAAGAGUUCCACCAGCGGGCAAACGUCACGCUCACCCUGUCCAACUAUAACUGGUGCUGCCGUCACCGGGUGCAGAUCCAGCCCUUCUUCAGCAGCUGCCUGAACGACUGCCUCAGACAUUCCGUGACUAUUCCCUGCCCAGAAAUUCCAGACUCUCCAGACUCUAUACCCCUGUGGGCGUAUGGGUCCAUCACAGGCGUCUCCAUCCUGCUGGUGGGUUCCGUCAUCCUGCUGACCAUCUGCCUGACCUGGAGGCUGCCUGGGUCUCAUCAUGAGAAAUGUGAUGGUGACAUCAGAUCCUCAGAUGUCCUGCCCACAGCUAGGCUGGCGCCCCCACCCCUGAAGCCCAGGAAGGUCUGGAUUGUCUACUCUGCCGACCACCCCCUCUACGUGGAUGUGGUCCUCAAGUUCGCCCAGUUCCUGCUCACCACCUGUGGCACUGAAGUGGCCCUGGACCUGCUGGAGGAGCAGGUCAUCUCAGAAGUGGGGAUCAUGACCUGGGUGGGCCGCCAGAAGCAGGAAAUGGUGGAGAGCAACUCUAAGAUCAUCAUCCUGUGCUCCCGAGGCACCCAGGCCAAGUGGCAGGCCAUCCUCGGCCAGGAGGAGCCCUCCAUCCAGCUUCGCUGUGACCGCUGGCAGCCGGCCGGAGACCUUUUCACAGCAGCCAUGAACAUGAUCCUGCCCGACUUCAAGAAGCCAGCUUGCUUUGGCACCUACAUUGUCUGCUACUUCAGUGACGUCAGCAGUGGCAGUGACAUCCCUGACCUCUUCAACAUCACUUCCAGGUACCCGCUCAUGGACAGAUUUGAGGAGGUUUACUUCCGGAUCCAGGACCUGGAGAUGUUUGAACCUGGCCGGAUGCACCGUAUCGGGGAGCUCGCAGCAGAGAACUACCUGCAGAGUGCCGGCGGCUUGCAGCUCAAGGCGGCCGUGCAGAGGUUCCGCAAGUGGCAGACCCAGUGCCCCGACUGGUUUGAACGUGAGAACCUUUGCUUGGCAGAUGACCAGGACCUCCCAUCCCUGGGCGAAGAGGUGUUCGAGGAGCCACUGCUGCCCCUGGGAAGAGGGAUCGUCAGGCAGAAGCUUCUGGUGCGGGAACCAGCCUCCACGGGCUGCCUGGCGGUACAUCUGCUCAUCAGUGAAGAAGGGAGAGGCGUGGCAAGGCUGGAGCCUCAGCCUCAGCCCCAGGGGGAGCUUACGGCCCAGGCCCUGCACGCCGUGGCACUCCCCGUGGAGGAAGGCUGUCCAGCGCGGGCAGUGGAGCCCAUCCCCUGCGCCAUCGGGAGCACUGCCAGCCGGGUGGCUGUGGUGGAGGCCAGCGAGGCCCACCCCCUGCUGGAGGGCUGGGGCCCCACGCACAGCAGCACGCUCUUCCUCCCCGCAGACUCAGAUGGCCUGCCUCUCCGGGGCAGCCCCGCUUGCCCACCCAGCCCCCUCCCAGAGGACAUAAGGGAGCAGCUCGGAGGCCCGAUGUUCUCACUCCUCCGGCAGAGUCUGGGAUGUCAGGCCCAGGGGGGCUGGGAAAGCCCCGCGGUGGCCCUCAAAGGCCUGCGUGCGCCCUGCGAGGAGGAGCAGCGGCAGUCGCUGCAGUCUGACCAGGGCUACGUCUCCAGGAGCUCCCCACAGCCCCCCGAUGGGCUCCGGGAGGGAGAGGCAGAUGAGCAGGACCUGGGGCAGGUGACCCCGCGGCUCUCCCCUGAGGACCUGCAGAGUCUGAGGAGCCUCCAGAGGCAGCUUUUCUUCCAAGAGUUUCAGAGGAAUUCUGGCUGGGACAGUGUGGAGUCAGAGAAGCCAGCCUUGUGGAACCUGCUGGACACAGAGCGUUGAGCCAAGGGACUAUGUGUCUGCAAGGUGUACAUGUGUGCAUAUGUGUAUAUGUUCAGUUGUGAAAUACAUACUUUUAAAAUAGAGGCAUCUUGAUUUUGA